AUGCAACCUGUACCUGUGCUCAUGGCGACGCUCGUGGCGGUGGCGAGCGCGGCUGUGUGGAACUGGACUGAAGCGCCCAUCGGACAACACCUCUUUGUGACGGGGUUGCGGGGCUCCGCAGCGUCGGAGACGCGUUGUGGUGGGGCGCUGAUUGCACCGACGGUCGUACUGACCAGCGCGACGUGUGCCUGGGCCACAUGGGUGUCGGUGGGGUCUCAUUACUCGGUUGGAGACAAGGACGGCGAGCGCAUUGCUGUCGCCAACGUGACGGUCCACCCGAGCUUUACUUUCGACUCGAACGAGUUUAAUUUGGCGGUGUUGGAACUGAAAACCCCCAGCUCGGCCCCCCCGAUUCCCCUUGUUUGGAGCGCCGAUGCGACCAACAACUCCCCACCAACCUCCACGUGGGUCUACCGGUACGGUAUCGCGUCCAAGUCCGCGGCUCAGUUACCCAAGCAUCUUCUGCAAUCCAACACCCGCAUCCUGUCCAACGUCGAAUGUGCCAAAUUCUACGGCAGCUCCGUCAAAGACUCGUGGUUGUGUGCAGAAUCCAGUGUCAACCCCAACGACAUUGGCGGACCGUUGACCGUCGUGGACGCGCUCAACAAUGAAUUCCUUGUCGGGGUCGCCAGCUGGGGCAAAAGCGGCAACGAACCCGCCGUGUACGCUCGCAUUGGCACUGCCCGCGACUUUAUCGAACCGUUCGUGUUCGAGACGAACGGAACCAACAGCACGCAAAAUCUCGGCACGAUUGUCCUUCCUCAAAAAUAG